AUGUUUAAACAGCUAUCGCAGCUUGGCAAAAAUUUCACAGAUGAGCUAGCGAAAGGCUUGACAGAUGAGUUGAAUGAAGGUCAAGAACAAUUCGACAAAAACAGUGAUUUGCCGGUGGAAGUCCAAGCUAAGCUGAGGAAGUUUGAGAAAUACGAGCAGAAAUACCCACUGCUCCUUAAUGCGUACAAAUCUGAGAAAGCAAAGCUGGAAAAAGCGGCGAUUUUGCAGAAAAUCAUAUCUGAAAACACUCCGGUAUCCUCGUUGGACGAUGUUGAUUCGCUCACAAGCUUCUUCCAGAACACAAAUUUAAAGAUAGAAAUGCUCAAUGAUGAGGUGAAACGGCUCACUACUGAAAACAAUGGGAAAAGAGACGAAAUUGAAGCGUUGAACGCUCAAAUAAGUGCAUCUCCAGGUUCAGAUAACGCAGAAAUACCAGCCAAGGAAAUCGACUCACUUCGAAAGGAAGUUGAAGCGAAAGAGAAAGAACUUGAGAAGGUCACGGCAGAUUUAGCAUCAUCGACAAAAACUGCUGAGGAGUCAGUGCACAUAAAGACGGAACUGGACAACGCUAGAGAAAAGCUGACUGAAAGCGAACGGAGCUUACAAUGCAAAGAGGCAGCCCACAAUGAGCUCAAGUCAGAGUUGGAUAAAACUAGGCUUCUGCUCGAACAAAAAACGGCAGAACUUGAUCAAGCUUUAUCCAAAUCCGAUCUGAAUCGCUCUUCCGAUAAUGGAGUCUCGAAGAACACCACCAAAGCAAAGAACAAGAAGCGGAAAGGCAAAAACAGUGCCUCCAAGACUGAGCAGCAACAGGAAUUGAAAAGUGACGAGAUCGCGAAAGAAACUUCUGCUGAAAAAGCACAAUUGACCGAUCUACAACAGCAGCUUGAAGCUCUACAGACCAAAUUCGACAACCUAUUCAGCGAACAUAACACCUCAACAGAAGAGCUACAGAGGCUGAAAGAGACUUCUCUUGACAUGGAAACCUUGCGCAAUGAGAAAGAAGACUACUACAAAAAGUUGCAAAAUACAAAAGAGCAACUGAAAUUCAAACUCGAGGAAUUGGAUAGUAAUAAAGAAAUUCUGAAGAGUGUGGGUAAUGAGCUAGUUGCCGCUAAAGAUCAACUUAAAGAGGUUGGAAGCCAAGACAAGGCCGAAGUAGAUGCCUUAAAGUCGGAACUAGAAUCCAUUCGACUUGGACAUUCGGAGAAUAUCAAAUCUUAUGAAACGAAACAGAACGAGCUUAAACAUAGAAUAAGCUCAUUGGAGGCUGAGCAGUCGAAGGUCGCUGAGGAAACUAAAAAACUGAGGUCUGCUCUUGAUCUUUCCAAGAAGGAGUACGAGGAAAUGUCGUCAAAAUUCAAAAGAAGUGAAGAUACAGCUGUAAAACUUAGACGAGAGAACGAGGGUCUUACAGAGGGUAUGAGAGAAGUACCUGCCCUCAAGAAAUCUGAGAGUAGUCUCAAGUCGUCUGUUGUUCAAAAAGAGAAGACAAUUGUUUAUCUCGAACAGCAAGUAAAGGAGUACAGUGCAAAAGAAGCGCAGACAAAUAAGCUGUUGCGAGAGUCAAAGGCCGAAAGCACCAGACUUUCUGCAAAAGUGGACCAACUAACGAGACUUAACGAGGAAAUGACUAACGAGGUGAAAAAGAGUGAGCAGUCAAUGGAAAAGUUCAUAAAGAAUAACGGAAGCCUGAGCGAGAAACUUGAAGUUUUGAAUGAGAAGUACGAAACGUUGAAGGAUGUCAAGAGCGUGUCGCAUGAACAGGUCGGAGUGAUCAGAAGACAAUGCGAUGAACUCAACAUCAAAUUGAAGGAAGCUAAUAAGCGUAUCGGAUUCCUAGAAAAUGAACUAGAAGAGUCUGUUUUUGCUCUACAGGAGAAGACCAAGGAGCUUGCAAGUAUGCGCCGCGUUUUGGCAGAGGGGCAAACGACUGAAGAAAUUCAAGUUCAAAGGCUUGAAAAUAGUCUCACCUCUGCCUUAGAAGAUAAGGAGAAAUUGGAGAGCGAUUUUGCAUUACAGUCUACCAUGCUUAAGCAAAGAGCACAGGAGUUGAAGCAGGCGAAUGAAUCACUGAAGCUGCAAUAUGAAGAGCUUCAGUCGAAAAGAAGAAAUUACGAAACUGAAAUUGAACAACUCAGAUCUUCAAGAGAGGAGGUACAAAAGGCAAGCAGCGAGGGGUCCGGAAAAGCACACGAAUUGGAGCGUGCUUUGCUCGAAAUGCGUGAUGUUUUGUCAAGCUCAGAGAAAAAGGUCCGUGAACUAGAGGUCGCGAACGGCAAUUUCAAGGAACUGAACAGUGACUUAACACAGAAACUUGAUAGAAUAUCGAAAAACUACAAACAAAUUUCCAAUCAACUUGCUGCUGCUAAAGAGAGAAGCCCCUCCGGAAGACCGAGCCGAUCCAAUUCGGUUUUAUCUGUCCCUGAUCAAAAUUCGAAUGGUCUUUCUCGUCGCCCGUCCCACUCAGAAGACCAAGGGAAACAAUCGCAAUCUGAUAUCAACGAUAAAAUCGCUUACAUAAAAAAUGUGCUGCUGGGUUUCCUGGAACACAAGGAACAAAGGGAAAUGCUUCUGCCCGUGGUAGCAACAUUACUACAACUGGACAGUAGCGAUGAAAAGAGACUGUUAGUGUCUAUACGGUGA